AUGCCGUCAUACUUUCGCAUCACCCUCAUCCGCUCCGCCAUCGGUCUGCCCCGGAAGACCAGCGGCGUCCUCCAAGCAUUGGGCCUGCGGAAGCGGCUGCGCACCGUCUACCACCCCGUGUCGCCACAAGUCGCCGGCCAGAUUUUCGCCGUCAAAGAGUUGGUGGAUGUGCAGGAGGUCGAUCAGGCUCUGUCCAAGCAGGAAAUGAAAGAGUUGAGGCGGCCUGACCCUGGCUUUUACUUCAUCCUUUGCGAAAAGACAACAGACAUCCAACCCUUCGAACAUCACACUCCGGCACUCGACGACAUCGAGCUACCAAUCACAGCCCUCUCCACAAUAAUGCCCGGCAGAUCAGCCGUCAGUGGCCUGGCAAAGGCCGUCUCGCGACCCACAAUCACCACCACCACCCGAUGCCAAAGACUCGCCACCAGCGCGAGCGCCCGUUCCUUCUCCAACGUAUCACGAGCAACACCCAUCUCCUCCUCCACACAGCGACAUAGACCGACAAUCCAGCCCCUCACCCAACCCGCGAUCCAACAAGCCUCCCCCUCCGCACAGUCCCGGCGGACAAUCUUCAUCCAGACCGAAGACACGCCCAACGCCGAUGCGCUCAAGUUCAAGCCCAACCACCAAGUCCUCCCGGACGACUUCCCCUCCUCCUUCCUCGAAUACCUGUCUCCCCGCUCGACGCUCGCCCCACCACACCCCUCGCCCCUCGCCUCCUCCCUCAUGAACGUCGAGGGCGUGACGAGCGUCUUCUACGGCAAGGACUACAUCACCGUCACCAAAGACAGCUCCACCCCGUGGGCGCACGUGAAGCCUGAAGUCUUCAGCCUCAUCACCGAGACCAUCACCAACGGCUCGCAGAUUGUCAACACCGUCGAGAACAAAUCCGGCGAAGCGGGACAGGGAUCUUCUUCUGCCGAGGCAUCGGCUGUCUACGCUCCUGAGGACGAAGAGGUCGUCGGCAUGAUUCAGGAGCUGCUCGAGACGCGCAUCCGGCCUGCUAUUCAAGAGGACGGCGGCGAUAUUGAGUUCCGCGGCUUCCAGGACGGCCAGGUCCUGCUGAAAUUGCGCGGCGCGUGUCGCACCUGCGAUUCGAGCACCGUCACGCUGAAGAACGGGAUUGAGAACAUGUUGAUGCACUACAUCGAGGAGGUCAAGGGGGUGCAGCAGGUGAUGGAUCAAGAGGAAGAGGUGGCGAUGCGCGAGUUUGCCAAGUUGGAGGAGAAGUUGAAGGCACAAAAGGGAGAGGCUGCUGUGGCGAGUGCGCCGUUGGAUGCUGUUGCUGGAUAG